GGACGUAAACACCGCGGAGGCGGAAAGAUCAGCUGAUUCCUAGCUGUGAUGCGGUUUCGUAGGAUUUCGCAAUUCUGAAGAGAAGGAAAUUUUGAGAGACGCAUUUUACUUUUCUAAGAUACAACAGGUAGCAGAUAAGAUGAGUUCGGAGAAACUAAACAACAUUACCAGCCCUUUCUCACAAGAUUCUGGCCUGGCCUACAAGAGAGAGGCACCACAUAGCUGGCUUGAGAAGCUUAAGACCUUGGACAGUGUCGGUAUAAAACCCAGGGUAUUUGUGAACAGAAGCCUCAGACUGGACAAGAUCAAGUUUUAUGGCUUUGACAUGGACUACACCUUGGCAGUGUACAAGUCACCUGAGUACGAGUGCCUGGCCUUUGACCAAGUGGUGAAGAGAAUGGUGGAUAUAGGCUACCCAGAGGAGCUGUUGAAGUUUGAGUAUGACCCCAGCUUUCCUGUCCGAGGCUUGUGGUUUGACAGGACGUAUGGAAACCUCCUCAAGGUGGAUCCAUAUGGCAACAUUCUGGUCUGUGUUCAUGGAUUCCAUUUCAUGUCCGCGGCUGAGAUCAGUGAGCUGUAUCCCAACAAGUUCAUCCAGCCCCAGCCCAACGAUGACAGGAUCUAUGUACUGAACACCUUGUUCAACCUGCCGGAGACCUACCUCCUGGCCUGUCUGAUAGACUACUUGACCAAUGCUCCUGGAUCUAUCAUGGAGAAGACAGGAGUGCGGAUCGGGGACGUGUUCAUGUCAUACAUGGGUAUACACAAUGAUGUCAGAGCAGCUGUGGACUGGGUACAUAUUAAGGGUUCCAUGAAGCAGGAGACAGUUGACAACAUGGACAAGUAUGUUGUGAAGGAACCCAAGAUACCCAUGCUGCUCCACAGAAUGCGUGAAGCUGGUACCAAAGUGUUCCUGGUGACAAACAGUGACUACUGGUACACAGAGAAAGUCAUGACGUACCUGUUUGACUUCUCACAUGGCCCAACGGAUUCUAAUGGAUACAUUCCAAAUAAUGGGCCCACCAUCCAGCCAACAGGAAAGAUGAAGAAUGAUGCCCCCUGGAGGCCAUGGAAGAGCUACUUUGAUGCUAUCAUUGUGGAUGCCAGGAAGCCACUGUUCUUUGGGGAGGGCACACCUCUCAGGAAGGUGGACUGCGAGACAGGCAAGCUGGCGUUGGGGAGCUACAUCGGGCAGAUGCAGCCCAACACGGUGUACUGUGGAGGGAACUCGGAGCUGCUGUCAGAGAUCAUGGGGGCCAAGGGGAAGGACGUGCUGUACGUCGGGGACCACAUCUUCGGAGACAUCCUCAAGUCCAAGAAGUCGCACGGCUGGAGAACAUUCCUGGUGGUUCCUGAGCUGGCACAGGAGCUGCAUGUGUGGACGGACAAGCAGGACCUAUUCAGUAGACUGCAGAACUUUGACAAGCUGCUAGCAGACGUGUACAGGGAGCUGGACUCCAGACACAAGGAGAUCCCUGACAUCAGCAGUCUACAGAAGGCCAUUAAGGAAGUGACUCACGAGAUGGACAUGUCCUAUGGCAUGAUGGGAAGCCUGUUCAGAAGCGGCUCACGGCAGACGUACUUUGCCAACCAGGUCAUUCGCUUUGCGGACCUGUACGCCACCUCCUUCAUCAACCUGAUGUACUACCCCUUCAGCUACUUCUUCAGGGCACCUCAUGUCCUGAUGCCUCAUGAGUCCACAGUGUCCCACAACACCAGGUUUGAGCCGGAGAGUCCCAUGGCUACCAGAGCGCGGUCCUGGUCAGUGGAGCCGGACACCCCCGGGACCAGGGGACCCAUGACUCGGGGUGCCACCAUCGCCUGUGUGGAUGACAUGGAAGAACCAACAGCCAUACAGUCAGGUGCUGUUCUGCGAAGACGCACGACUUGGACUGAUGGACACAAAAUCCGGCCCAUGCUACCCCGGCAGAUCACUCAUACUCACGAUGAAGACGAUGAUUCUGAAGAGUCUCUACAGUCAGAAGAAGACAGCAUGCCGUCUUCGGCUGUGGAAACAGCACAAAUGGCAGAGAAGUGAAGAAGGAAAGUUGUGAAUAUCCAUCUUACAAAGGAAGCUGCAAAGUGGAUACAUUGCGCUCAAUGCGCUGUAAUGCAGAGGUCUGCAUUUAGUGAUACACAAGAAUGGAUGGUGACAUGGGUGUAAUUAUAUAAGCCACAGCUCUCUGCGAUGUGUGAUAGUGAGUACUGCACAUUAAGUAUAAAUACAAGCGAUAAUUGAAUACUGUCAAUUUUGAUAUCAUGUCACUGCAGCAAUAGCUGGUGUAAAGAGGUACAGAGCUUCUAUGGCAGUUAAUGUUUUUAAAAAGUGAGAUGUCUCCAUGAUAGCCUGUCAGCAAUGGAAGGAAAGAACACCAUCUGAUUAUUGGUAGAUUACAUGCCUUUCAUUAAUUUGUCUUCCAUGGAGUUUGUAUAAGUACUGGGAAAAGUAUUGUUUGGUUGAUUGGAUAGGGAUAAGAGGACAUUGUGUGUGUGUUGUGUAAGAUGCCUACAGUCAGGUAUACUCACUUUAAUCUGUGAAUAAGUAAAAUGAUCAGGUUCUAUAAGAUCACCUCCUCCUUGUUUAGACUGCUGGCUUACUUGAAACAACUGUCUGACUUCUUUUUAUUGGAUGCUUCAUUACCAUAAUGCUGCACACACCAAGUCUUGUAAGCAGAUGUAUGAAUAACAAGAAAAAUCUUGUUUCUUGACAUUAAAAAAAAAGAUAUACCUUUUAGCUGCUGCUUUUAUAGUAUUGCUUUUGUCAGAAAAUGAAUGUGAAGAAUGAGCAACAAUAAGGAGGUGGCAUUUUGUUUGCCACACUGUAGUGUUGAGCACUGUGUUGUAGGAGAUGUGGGCAUACAAUGUAUGUCAUAAAGAAGAUACAGUUAGCCUGUAGUGACAUUCCAGAAGCUGAAGCUUGUAUAAAGUUGGAGGUUAUGUAGUAUCAAACAUAAGAUAUGCUUUAUGAAUUAAGGUUUGCAAGAUUACAUGCUUAAUGUAAUUAAUUUAUUUUGGACUGGUAUUCUAGCUAGAGUAAUAUGUUCGAUUUGAUAAUGAAACAGUAUUUUCAAUAGUUUGUGACAAGUACAAUGUAUGUCAUUCAAUUUACCUUGUAUCAGUUAUUGGUUGUUCCAAUGUUUCUCAGGUCAAGAAUCUCACCAUUUUUUCACCAGUUUGAGAACUGCAGGCACAUCUUUCACUGACUGCCUUUUGUUUCACCAGUCAGUGAAAGGUUCUCAGGUUUGGGCCUGAGUGUUUAUGUAGAUUUUUCAGCAUUGGUGGCUUAACAGUGGAGUUGGUUACCCCAACAAAUAUUAAUGUACCUGAGAGGUAUUUGUAGGAUGAUGUUCACAAGAAGUCACAUGUAACAUUACAUAUAAGGUGUUAUAAUUAAGCUCAUUACUAAUUUAGCCAUUUACCUCUACAAAUCGCCUUUCAUGCAGAUACGAGGAAGAGUAAGAAUGAUACCCUUAUUAUUAGCUUCCUUGAUGUCAUAGGAAGAUAUCUGCUUUAAUGUAAGAGCAAAAAAAAGAUAAACCUAAUGGCCGCAGAUAAACUAAUAGUUCUUACAAGCACCAAUGAAACCUUGGUACACAAGUGUGCAGUAUUAUGAUUACUAGUACGUGUAUUGUUUUUGGUUCACAUGUUAGUAUACAUCAUCAGGUUCCACAGUAUGUCUACACUGGACUAGAUUUUGGAAUUGUUUUGUUAUCAGAUACAGAUGAAGAGACUACUCCUGUUUGUACAAUUGACAACUUGUAGAUAAGGAGUAGUCUAUGUUUCCAUAGAUAAUAUGUUAGUGUAUAAGAGAAGAAAUUCCAGCUAUUAGAGCAAUAAUUAUAGUAUGACUGCAAAGUAUUGAUAAGAUGUAUGUACUUUUGUUUAUGAACCACCUAUUUCCAUGUUACUACUAACAUAAUAUGUUCUUAGAUGUGUGUAUUGUCCAUCUAAAUCAAGAUAUACACACAUGUAGCUAGUGUGUUGAUAUAUAUCGACUGACUCUGCUGGUAUGUACUUAAAGAUGGAUGAACAUUGUGACCUUUUUCCACGGUUAAAAUCCACUCACUUAAGAUGUGAUAUCUCCCUGCUGUGUGGAAUGUACGAAGAUGACUACAGAAACAAAAUGUGAGGGAAAACAUACAAUAGGUUUAUCAAUGAUACUAAUUGUGAUUUAUACUUAAUACUGAUAGAUUGUAUCUUUUAUGUAAGGACUAAUGGUGAGGAUUUUAUCUGUACCUACUAGUAUUUAUCGCUUAUUCUGGCUAUAGAAAUAUAUAUACUAUUUAGAAGCUAUUUAAUUGUUUAUUUGCAGCAAAAUGUAUGUAGACAUUUGUUUGCAAUAGCAUGUCUUAUAUUCCAGUUGGAUAUAUUUUGUAUUGAUUUAAACCAUAUCUAAAAGUUUAUGUCCACUUAUCAAAGAAGGCAAUGUUUUUGUCAGCAAGCCCUUUUCUGCACUUGCUGGAUUCUAAAUCCAGCUGAUGUUUGGUUCAGCCUCAGCUGAGUGAGACUUGGCCUGUGUAACACAAACUCUCACUGUCCAGGGCUCUAUCAGCCCCUACCGCCUGACCAGUGGGCAGCUAACUAGCAUUAUUUAGUCAGGCAAAAUGAGACUCAGAAAUGAUUCUGCAUACAUGUGCUACAUGUAUGUUGUUAUCAAGUGUUUAUUUGUUAUUCGUACUGAGUCUCUGCAUCCAUGUAAUUUAAGUAAGUUAUACUUCGUAUCAGGAUCUCUACCCAAUGCUAGGACUUUAUUCACAAGAUCCUGUGCAAUUGUCUUUUAUGCUUUUCUCAGCUGUUUUUAGUUGCAAAGCUGUUUGUAUCUGUUGGAAAAGGUGCUGUACCCGCUGUUAAGAAUACAUAUUUUAUGUCCAGGCAAAUUUUAAUUAAAGUUGCAAGUACAUAUACA